AAAGGAGACGUUAAGCGCGGGAGAAAUCUAGAAACUUCCACCCCCUUCUGGGCUUUGCUGUCCUCACUCAUCCAUCUCCCAUACAUAUACACACAUAUCCAUCAUCCAUGUCUAGAACCUAAAAACCUGUGCUCACAUUCAUUGUCUUUAAUUCACUUAGAAGCCAUCACAAACAUAAUUGAAGAUGGGUGUUGAUUAUUACAAGAUUCUACAGGUGGACAAGAACGCCACCGAUGAUGAUCUUAAGAAAGCCUACAGAAAACUCGCUAUGAAGUGGCAUCCUGAUAAGAACCCUACCAACAAGAAGCAAGCCGAAGCCAAUUUCAAACAGAUCUCCGAAGCUUACGAGGUUUUAAGUGAUUCUCAGAAGAGGGCUGUAUAUGAUCAAUAUGGUGAAGAAGGGUUGAAAGGGCAAGUGCCACCGCCUAAUGCCGGAGGGCCUAGUGGGGCCACAUAUUUUCAAACCGGCGAUGGUCCGAAUGUUUUUAGGUUUAAUCCUAGAAACGCUAACGAUAUUUUCGCCGAGUUUUUCGGGGGGUCGAGUCCGUUUGCCGGUAUGGGUGGUGGCGGCGGCGGCAUGGGUGGGGGUCCGACCAUGUUUUCGAGUGGAAUGUUUGGGGAUGAUAUGUUUAGUUCGUUUGGAGAAGGCAGGCCUAUGAGCUCGGGUCCUCGCAAAGCUCCGUUGAUUGAAAAUAGGCUGCCUUGUAAAUUAGAAGAACUUUAUAAGGGUACGACGAAGAAGAUGAAGAUUUCCAGGGAGAUUGCUGAUGCCAGUGGGAAGACAAUGCCCGUGGAGGAGAUUUUGACCAUUAACAUUAAACCGGGCUGGAAAAAGGGUACAAAGAUAACAUUCCCGGAGAAAGGCAAUGAGCAGCCAAAUGUUAUUCCAGCUGAUCUUGUUUUCGUGAUUGAUGAGAAACCUCAUACCGUGUUCACUAGAGAUGGGAAUGAUUUAGUGGUCACGCAGAGAAUAUCACUUGCUGAAGCGUUGUCGGGAUACACAGCUUCCAUCACAACCCUCGAUGGGAGAAAACUGACAAUCCCGAUUAACAAUGUGAUCCAUCCAUCUUAUGAGGAGGUCGUUCCGAAUGAAGGAAUGCCUAUACCGAAAGAUCCUUCAAAGAAAGGGAAUCUGCGAAUCAAGUUCAACAUCAAGUUUCCAGCUAGGCUAACAGCUGAACAGAAAAGUGGGAUCAAGAAGCUGCUUGGCUAAGGAGCUCAUCUGCCUGGUUCAUCUCCAAUGUACUUUAGGUGUAUUUUAUACAAUUUUCUGCUGCUCUGAUUUUAGUUUUUCUGUUUUUAAGGAUAGUAUCGAGUAAACCCUUCAAGUUGAAUGUCACUGUGCUUGCGAAUCGGUCUGAUUAUGUAACAAAUAUAGUUUGGUUACGAAUAAAAACGAUGGUUUUUAGUUGUUUUGUGUA